AGAUGAUGCUAGAAACGAGCCAAACACUAGCUCUAGCUACUAGCAACCAACUCAUUGCCAUACAGCGCCACCGCGAAUCAAAAGGUUAAGACGCCUAUUACCGCGCGCGCCACUGCCGAUCGAUCGACAGCAGACCCACGCACGCCAUGUCGUCGCCGGAGCCUGGAAGCAUCCCGAGCCGGUGGCGCGAGCUGCAGGGCGCGGGGUCGUGGAAGGGGCUGCUGGACCCGCUGGACCGGGACCUGCGCGCCUCCAUCAUCGCCUACGGCGAGCUGGCGGAGGCCACCUACGACGGGUUCAACUCGCAGCGCCGCUCGCCGCACGCCGGCGCGUGCUUCUACGGCCAUGCCGACCUGCUCGCCGCCGCCGGGGUGUCCCGCGCGGGCUACUACUCCGUCACCAAGUUCAUCUACGCCACCAGCGGGUUCUUCCUGGCGCCCACGACGGGGACGUCCGUGCCCGAUGCCUUCUUCGUGCUGCCGCUGCCGUCGCUGCUGGAGGAGCCCUGGUGCCGGGAGUCCAACUGGAUGGGGUACGUGGCCGUGGCCACCGACGAGGGCGUGGCGGCGCUCGGCCGGCGCGACAUCGUCGUCGCGUGGCGCGGCACCGUGGAGAGCCUCGAGUGGGUCAAUGACCUGGACUUCACGCCGGCGUCCGCCGAGCCCGUGCUCGGUCCCGCGGCGGGUGAUUUCGACUCCGCCGUCGUGCAUCAUGGGUUCCUGUCGGUGUACACGUCCAGCGACGAGGACUCCAAGUUCAACCAGCAGAGUGCCAGAGAUCAGGUCACGGAGGAGGUGAGGAGGCUGAUGGAGGCGCACAAGGAGGAGGCGACCAGCAUCACCGUCACGGGCCACAGCCUCGGCGCGUCGCUGGCGACCCUCAACGCAGUCGACAUGGUCUCCCACGGCGUUAAUGUGCCACCCUCCUCACCGCAGCAGCAGCCGCCGUGCCCGGUGACGGCGAUCCUCUUCGCGAGCCCGCACGUAGGCGACGACAGCUUCAAGUCGGCCUUCGCGUCGUUCCCAGACCUCCGUGCGCUUCAUGUGAGGAACGCCGGUGACGUGGUGCCCCUAUACCCGCCUCUCGGGUACGUGGAUGCGGCGACGGCGGUGCUGCCCGUGGACACUGGCCGGUCGCCGUACCUAAAGCAGCCGGGCACCGUGCAAACGCGCCACAACCUCGAGUGCUACCUGCACGGCGUCGCCGGGUUCCAGGGUGCCAGCGGCGGGUUCAAGCUUGAGGUGGACCGCGACGUGGCCCUGGUGAACAAGGGUGCUGACGCGCUCAAGGAUAAGUACCCAGUGCCGCCCAACUGGCAUGUCAUCAACAACAAGUCCAUGGUGAGGGACUCCGAUGGUCACUGGAAGCUCAGAGACUUCGAGGAGACCUGAUUGAGAAGUGUGUAUGUGCUGCCACAUGCCAAUGCCACGUACAACUAAUGCCGACAUGCUUAGUUUUACGUCAAAUAAAAAUUGUUUUAAAAUUUAUUUAUACAAGAUAUACUAAACCGA